GGGCCCACCCCGAGCCAGAGCCGCUUCCAGGUGGACCUGGUCUCCGAGAGCGCUGGGCGGGCCGCGGCCGCGGCGGCGGCGAAGGAGCCCCCCGCCUCCGGCAAGGCCAGUGGUGGGAGCGGGCAGACCAAAGCCAGCGAGGAAGCCAAGGGCCGCUUCCGCGUGAACUUCGUGGAUCCGGCCGCCUCGUCCUCCGCGGACGAGAUGUCGGAUGCGGCGGGGGUCGGAGGCGACGGACCCAACGUGAGCUUCCAGAACGGCGGAGACACGGUGCUGAGCGAGGGCAGCAGCCUGCACUCGGGCGGCGGCGGCAGCAGCGGGCACCAGCACCACUAUUACUAUGACACCCACACCAACACUUACUACCUGCGUACCUUCGGCCACAACACCAUGGACGCCGUGCCCAGGAUCGACCACUACCGGCACACGGCCGCGCAGCUGGGCGAGAAGCUGCUCCGGCCCAGCCUGGCGGAGCUCCACGACGAGCUGGAAAAGGAACCUUUUGAGGAUGGUUUUGCCAAUGGAGAAGAAAGUACUCCAACUAGAGAUGCUGUAGUCACAUAUGCAGCAGAAAGUAAAGGAGUUGUGAAAUUUGGCUGGAUCAAGGGUGUAUUAGUGCGAUGCAUGUUAAAUAUUUGGGGUGUGAUGCUCUUUAUUAGAUUGUCAUGGAUUGUGGGUCAAGCUGGAAUUGGUCUAUCGGUUCUUGUAAUAAUGAUGGCCACUGUUGUGACAACUAUCACAGGAUUAUCUACUUCAGCAAUAGCUACUAAUGGAUUUGUGAGAGGAGGUGGAGCAUAUUAUCUAAUAUCUAGAAGUCUAGGGCCAGAAUUUGGUGGUGCAAUUGGCCUUAUCUUCGCUUUUGCUAAUGCUGUUGCAGUUGCUAUGUAUGUGGUUGGAUUUGCAGAAACGGUGGUACAGUUGCUUAAGGAACAUUCCAUACUUAUGAUAGAUUAUAUCAAUGAUAUCCGAAUUAUUGGAGCCAUUACCAUUGUGUUGCUUCUAGGUAUCUCAUUAGCUGGAAUGGAAUGGGAAGCAAAAGCUCAAAUUGUUCUUUUGGUGAUUCUGCUACUUGCUAUUGCUGAUUUCAUCAUAGGAACAUUUAUCCCAUUGGAUAGCAAGAAACCCAAAGGUUUCUUUGGUUAUAAAUCAGAAAUAUUUUCUGAGAACUUCGGACCAGAUUUUCGAGAGGAAGAGACUUUCUUUUCUAUGUUUGCCAUCUUUUUUCCUGCUGCAACUGGUAUUCUGGCUGGAGCAAAUAUCUCAGGUGAUCUUGCAGAUCCUCAGUCAGCCAUACCCAAAGGAACCCUUUUGGCCAUUUUAAUUACUACAGUGGUUUACGUAGGAAUUGCAGUAUCUGUAGGUUCUUGUGUUGUUCGGGAUGCCACUGGCAGCAUUAACGACACUAUUGUGACUGAGUUAACAAACUGUACUUCUGCAGCCUGCAAAUUAAACUUUGACUUUUCAUCUUGUGAAAGCAGUCCUUGCUAUUAUGGCCUAAUGAACAAUUUCCAGGUAAUGAGCAUGGUGUCAGGAUUUGCACCAUUAAUCUCUGCAGGUAUUUUUUCAGCUACUCUUUCUUCUGCACUAGCAUCCCUGGUGAGCGCGCCCAAAAUAUUCCAGGCCCUGUGUAAGGAUAACAUCUACCCAGCUUUCCAGAUGUUUGCUCAAGGUUAUGGGAAGAACAAUGAACCUCUUCGUGGCUACAUCUUAACCUUCUUGAUUGCACUUGGAUUCAUCCUAAUUGCUGAACUGAAUGUCAUCGCUCCAAUUAUCUCUAACUUCUUCUUAGCAUCGUAUGCACUGAUCAACUUCUCAGUGUUCCAUGCAUCUCUAGCAAAAUCGCCAGGUUGGCGUCCUGCAUUCAAAUACUACAACAUGUGGAUAUCACUUAUUGGAGCAAUUCUUUGUUGCAUAGUAAUGUUUGUCAUCAACUGGUGGGCCGCAUUACUUACAUAUGUUAUAGUCCUCGGGCUGUAUAUUUAUGUUACCUACAAAAAACCAGAUGUGAACUGGGGCUCCUCUACACAAGCUCUGACUUACCUGAACGCUUUGCAGCAUUCCGUUCGUCUGUCUGGAGUGGAAGACCAUGUGAAAAACUUUAGUUGUCACAGUAAUAUCGCUUAUCCCACUUGUACCUGUAUUUUCCUUUUCCGUUCCUUCUCCUCUCUUCAACCUUCUGAACUUCACCCUUGGGGCCCUCGAAGGCAAGCCAUGAAAGAGAUGUCCAUUGAUCACAUCAAAUAUCAGCGAUGGCUUAUUAAAAACAAGAUGAAGGCGUUUUAUGCUCCAGUACACGCAGAUGACUUGAGAGAGGGCACACAAUAUUUGAUGCAGGCUGCUGGUCUUGGUCGUAUGAAACCAAAUACACUUGUCCUUGGAUUUAAGAAAAAUUGGUUGCAAGCAGACAUGAGCGAUGUGGAUAUGUACAUAAAUUUAUUUCAUGAUGCCUUUGAUAUCCAAUAUGGAGUGGUGGUUAUCCGCUUAAAAGAAGGUCUGGAUAUAUCUCAUCUUCAAGGACAAGAAGAAUUAGUGUCAUCACAAGAGAAAUCUCCUGGUGCCAAGGAUGUGGUACUAAGUGUGGAAUGCAGUAAAACAUCAGACUUGGAUGCUUCCAGACAAUCUGGUGAAAAGACUAUUAAACAUAAAGAUGAGGAAGAGGAUGGCAAGACUCCAACUCAACCACUGUUGAAAAAAGAAUCUAAAGGCCCUGUUGUGCCUUUAAAUGUAGCUGACCAAAAACUCCUUGAAGCUAGUACACAGUUUCAGAAAAAACAAGGAAAGAACACUAUUGAUGUCUGGUGGCUUUUUGAUGAUGGAGGCUUGACCUUAUUGAUACCUUAUCUUCUGACUACGAAGAAAAAAUGGAAAGACUGUAAGAUUAGAGUAUUCAUUGGAGGAAAAAUAAAUAGAAUAGACCACGACCGGAGAGCGAUGGCUACUUUGCUUAGCAAGUUCCGGAUAGACUUCUCGGACAUCAUGGUCCUAGGAGAUAUCAAUACCAAACCAAAGAAAGAAAAGAGCCUCCCAGUUGCACGAAAAGGUGCUGUGUCAAGUGCUCUCUAUAUGGCUUGGUUAGAAGCUCUGUCUAAGGACCUGCCACCAAUCCUCCUAGUCCGUGGGAAUCAUCAAAGUGUGCUGACCUUCUAUUCAUAAAGGCUCUCGACACAUGGACAGCCUAGUGCCUAGUGAAAACUGAAAUCUUCAAUAACAAGAUAACAUCACAAUGACAAACUGACAUUCCUUUCACUACUUCAUUGAUUUGAGAGCACACGGGAAGUUGCUCCAGGAUGUGUCAGUUUGCAUCACUCGUAAUGAAUGACGGUUCCUUGUUGGGCAGAAGCUCAUGAGACUGAAGUUUUCCUUUGCUGCUUAAAUAGCAAUAAAAAUACGUGUUAUUUUUUGAUCGAUGAAAGGAGUACAAAAGCCUUUAGCCUUGAGGUGCCUUCUGAAAUUAACCAAAUUUCAUCCUUUUAUAAAUUUAUAUAAUGUCAAACAUUGCCUUCAGACAUUUUUAUUUCUAGUCUCUUCCAUCUUAAAAUAAAAAUAGUUGCUACGUUACUUUUCCAUUGACCAAUUAGUGUUGAGCAUUAUGUUUCUGUUUGCUUUUAUAAAGGUAUCUGUUAGAUAUUAAAUAUGGGAAGUAGAGCAGUUAAUGAGUAAUGCAAAAGAAAAAAAAUGAGAACAAAAACUGGCCCCAAAGUUGGCUUUGUAUGUAUCAAUACAGAUGUAAAGACAGAAGGGCUCAAUACACCUUUUGUCGCCCCCUCUCUUGCAUUCGCA